AUGUUUCCUUCCUUUAUACGAUACUCGUCGACUCCUAAUAAACUUCCUAGAAUUGCGGAAACUUUGAAGCAAGCUGCGAAGCCUGCACUUCAACAUUCGCUUCUGGUAUCGAAGCCAUUUGGGCUUUCCGAGCCAACGCUAUUAAACCCAUUAAAUGGUAAUAGCAGCUAUGAUCUCGGAUCUAUCAAAGAUCAACUUUUCAGUAGCGAUGCCAAGGAAAGGCGUCAGAAGGAAUUAGACCACGAUAUUGCACACUCACCUUUCUAUGAAUCCAAGUCAUUUGAGAACGUAGGCGGUAAGAUCUUCACCCCACCAAUUUCAUUUUUCAAGAGAGACAAGUCUAAAUAUUUCCCAAACUUUUUGGGAGACACUUUGAUAGGCAAAAAUGAAAACUUCGGUAAAUUACUUGAAGGUAAGGUUAAUAUAGUAAGGAUUUACUCAACUAUAUCUGGAGAUAACGUUUCCAGGACUUAUUUUCAGAGCCAAACUGGUGAUAAGCUGAAUUACUUGGAGGGUAGUGGGUACGAAGAAUUCAAAAAAUUACACCCAAACACCCAAAUUAUCGAUUUGAACAUGCCCCAGACUGCGGUUAAGCGAUUUUUUGUUAACAUCUCUAAGGGUAGUCUUAAGAAGAUGAUCCCACAAGAGAGACACGAUGACUAUUUUAUUCUUCCAUACAAGUUAUUCCCCUUGCAAGUUAGACAAGAACUAAAUUGCGACAAUGUUUGCUCUGGUUACAUAUAUUUGUUGGACCAGGAAGGUAGAAUCAGAUGGGCCACCAGUGGAUCUGCAAAUGAGGCUGAAUAUUCCUUGAUGUGGAAAUGUGUGUCUGGUUUGGAAAGGGAAUUGAAGGCAUUACAAGACAAGAAAUAA